GACCCAAAGCACUGAGUUCCGACUUUCGAAUAAUAUUUUGGCUCUUAAUACAAAGUUACAAACAGCGACUGAGUGGUUGGAGGAACGAUGAAUAGUUCAUCCCCGGCUCAUUCAUCGAUAUCGACUACGGCGGUUGUAGGUGGUGGUGGAGGAGGAGGAGGAGGCGGCAGCAGCAACGCCGCCGUUUCCGUUGACGAUUUUAAUUUCCCGUGCAAUCCCAUCUCAACGCAAGAGCGAAAGGACGAGGCCAUGCGAGUUUUAAAAUCAGAUCUCAUGGCUGCACUUGACAAGGAGGUUAAAUCCUUGGAUGAUGAUAACUGGAAGUUUGAAGGACCUCGUUCUCGGAUCCAUCUUGUAUCACGUCGAGGUGGCCCACCAAGCAGCCCAAUUAGCUAUGGAUCCAGCAACCAAUACAGUGGAGAACCAAGCCCAAGGACCAUCUCAAAGUACUAUCGAGAACCUUCAGCCAAGGAUGCAACCAGAUGUGCUUAACAAUAGAGAGGAGCUGAGUGAAGCUGACAGAGACUUAACGGAAGAGGAUGGGAGAUCUAGAAGAGUAAGGAAGAGACCAUCACGAUUGGAAGAGGAAGGGUACGAUUGGCGAGUUUAGAGGCAACAAGACAAUUUUGUAUACGGAUAGUAGAGAAUACUGUAUAGGUCUGUAUACUUUCAAUUAGAUUGUUGCAUGUUGGUAUAA